UUCGGAGGAUACAACAGGCGUAUCAACCGUGUGUGAACAUUGGACCAGGAAGUUCCAUGUUAAGGUGCGCGAUACCUGACACCACCCAAAAGGAAAACACAACAUACCGCUCAGCCGAGCAACCCACAGCGUAUUGAGAACACGGAAAAUAGAGUGCCCCGAACUGAAAUCUUGAUCCCUGAUCGCUUCUCAUUUCAUCGCCACACACAAAGGGUGCUGUAUCACGAUGUCUCUUUCAAACGAAGCCCCAACGAGCAAUUUUUCAAAUGGAACUUCUAAAGGUUGUGUCUUCAAUAAUGCGGCUAAUGGAACCGCUAAUGGCAUAACGAUACAGAAUGGAAGUACUUCUGCAACAAAUGGGCAUGGUUCUACAAAAACUCAGUAUGGUUUUCUACAGCCCCUGGUAGACCUCAUGGUUACAAAAGUGCUUGAAGAAUCCACAAGCAGAGACAGCAGAGUAGUUGAAUUCAAACAUCCAAAGGAACUAGAAGACCUGAUGGAUCUGUCACUAAACAAAUCUACAUCAGACGAACACUUGAUGGAAAUAUGCAAUGAUGUCAUUAGAUAUAGCGUUAAAACUGGUCACCCUAGGUUCUUCAAUCAGCUGUUUGGAGGGUUAGAUCAGUACAGUUUGGGUGGAGCAUGGCUGACAGAAACCCUCAACACUAGUCAGUACACGUAUGAAGUGGCACCUGUUUUCACUCUUAUGGAGAAAACUGUGCUGAACAAGAUGCUUAAUCUAGCAGGCUUCCAAGAUGGAGAUGCCAUUUUCUGUCCAGGUGGUUCCGUGUCCAACAUGUUUGCCCUUAACUUGGCCCGAUACCAGCGAUGGCCGGAAGUGAAGCGACAAGGAAUGCACAAUUUACCAAGAUUGUGUAUCUUAACGUCAGAGAAAGCUCACUACUCACUGAAGAAGGGUGCGGCUUUCAUUGGUAUAGGAGUAGACAACGUAUUCCCCGUUAAGGCUGACAGUAAGGGCCGUAUGAUGCCGUCAGCUCUGGAAGAAAGGAUCAUGGAAUUAAAGGCAGAGGGCUAUGAACCAUACGUUGUAAAUGCCACGUCCGGGACGACAGUUUUUGGGGCAUAUGAUCCUCUGGACGACAUCGCCAAUAUCUGCCAAAAGUUUGGUAUCUGGAUGCACGUGGAUGCUGCCUGGGGAGGUGGUGUUCUGUUGUCGAAGAAAUACAGGUCUCUGAUGAAAGGCAUCGAAAGGGCCGACUCUUUGACAUGGAAUCCCCACAAAAUGAUGGGACCCCCACUUCAGUGUUCAGCCUUCCUCACCAAACACAAGGUUAGUUGAAAAAUCUACUUGCCUGAGUGCCACUCAGCACAGGCCACCUACCUAUUCCAACAGGACAAGUUUUAUGAUGUGUCGUACGAUACUGGUGACAAAUCCAUCCAGUGUGGUCGCAAAGUGGAUGUCCUCAAGGUCUGGCUGCUAUGGAAGGCCAAGGGCGACAUUCAAUUUGAGAAGGACAUCGACAACAUAAUGGAAUGUGCAAAGUAUCUAGCGGAACUUGUUAACGAACGUGAUGGCUUCAGGAUAUUGAUAAAGGAGCCGGAGUGUACGAAUGUGUGUUUCUGGUACAUCCCUCCAAGUAUGCGUGACCAACCUGAGGACCAGGAGUGGAACGAACGGCUGUCCAAGGUUGCACCUAUAAUCAAGGAGCGCAUGACGAUGAGUGGGACGAUGCUGAUUGGUUACCAACCAGAUGGAAAUACCGUCAACUUCUUCAGGAUGAUAGUGUCAAACCUAGGGGUUACAAAGGAAGACAUGUUGUUUGUAGUCGAUGAAAUAGAACGUCUUGGCAAAGACCUCUGAUGACAUUUAAGGACCAUGUGAACACCAUAUUUCAGUUGUCAAAAAGUUGUGAAAAUUCAAAUCAUUCUAUUUUACAGAUAUCAGAAGCAAAAACUGUUCUUGGUGAAUUUGCAAUUGUCUUAAUUACAAAAUCAUUAUCGAAAUAGCUUAAUAUUGUACUGAGCAGUUUUCAGUAACGGGAACAGCACUUCAUCAGAUUUGUUUCUAAAGCUGAGUAUUUGAUAACUGCCACAGUUCCCCCUCUCUACUGUCAAGAACAUUUGGACUCAUGAGUAGUACUAAUAAUAAGUAAGGAGAAAAAUAUCCUGUCAACCAUGUAUUUGCGAAUGGUUUGCUUUUAACAUGGUUUGACGAAAUCAUAACAGCCAGUGUUAUAUGAGGUUGUUUCAGAAGUGCAAACGCUUUAUUGUACAUAGACAAUAACAACAUUAUAAGAUGCGGGUGCCUCCAAACAGCAAGAGACAGCGAAGGCCUUAUUUCCCUAAUGUAUCAUUAUUUUACCCCUGGAACAUCCCAAGGACUCUUAAAAGAGUGUUUCUAAUGUAUUCUUUUGAUUAUAAUAUUUUUUUAUUGCAACAUAACAAUUGUUGAUAAAAAUCAAUAUAAAAUGUCUCAAUAUACACCUUUUCUAAUUGAUAUCAAAGCCAUUUUAUAAUUCAUUUUUAAAGUAUAUUUUCCCAUACGAGCUGUAUACUUGCCGUCAGCCGAAACAUUUCCUAACAGUGUGGUUUAUAGGUACGCAAUGGUUUUCUCUUAACAUGCAAGUAACAUAUAUCAGAGAAGUUUUGAAUCAUAUCUCCUUAUUUCCUCCACGGGAAAUAGAUAUCUAAUGACAUUUUUUAUACAUUUAUUUGGCAUGUUAUCGAAUCCUAGUACUCUUUUCUAUCAGGAUAUUGAAAUAAGAUAUGUAUUAUAGUUCUAUUCUCAUAUACAUACCGAAAAGUUGAAUAAGUGCUAUUUUCUACAUUUAUCAGCUAGGUUUUUUUUUUGCAAAAUCAUUUUUAGAUUUCAGAUGUUACAAUAAAAAAUAUAUUGUUUCAACAACGGCUUAUUGUUGUAUAUGGUAAUACCAUAGUUCUUUUUAACAUUGCCUUAUUUUUGGGUUUGAUAAUAUGUUACCUAAUCAUUGAGCAUAGUUAAUUUGUGCCUGUCGGCUUUCCAAACCUGCUUUUCUCAACCGAUCUCUAAAAUGAUUAUUGUCUGGAGCCACUCGUGUAUCGUAGACGUAUCUAUAGAUAAGUUUGGAUGGAGCCAUAGGGAUGAGGACGAUCAUAAAACUACCCCAUCCUUUUUUCAUUGAGACAUGUUUCUCCCAAAGCAGCCGACAUUUAGUCGUGUUAUCGGGUACAAACAUUUGAAUGUCGAAGCAGCUUCAAUAUGUAGUAUUACGUUGGUUGAUCACUGGUUUAUAGCCAAAAUAUUUAUUUGCUUUCGAUUAUCAAUUCUUGAUGUUAUUUCCUGCCGACUGUAAUCCAUAUCA